AACUACAUGAUCUACCCAAGUCAGAGUGGGUGAGACACCUUGUGCCCACUCUGCAUGGAGAGGCCUUGGAGGCCUAUCGAGGAGUGGCGACGGAGGACUGUGGGAACUACGACGAAGUCAAGAAGGCCCUCCUCCAGCGAUUCUUCAUCACUCCUGAGUCUUACAGGAAGAAAUUCAGAGACUUGCCCAAGAAUCCUAGCAGCACCCAUGAGCAGUUCGCCACCCAGCUGAGGCAGUACGUGGUGAAGUGGGUGAAGGAUUCGGAAGCCACUACGUGGGACGCACUGAUCGACCUGAUCUGCAGGGAGCAGUUCUACCGCAGGUGCGCCCCAGAAGUGAAGGAGUGGGUGCUAGAUCGGGAGCCACCCAGCUUAAAGAUGGCUGCCCAGUUAGCAGACAAAUAUGUGGCAAUUCGGCCGCAGGGGCAGAAGCGCCCAACCAGCAGCCAACCCCAAAAGACUGUACCACCAGGGGGACACCCCUCUUCAGCUCAUCGCCCCCCAAAGCAAGCAUCUUCCAACCCGGGUGCUUUUGGCCAGCAACCGCCCCGCAGUGCCCCUGCCAGUAAUCAGAGGCCAUCGGAGCCACGCCUGGACAAAAAGUGCUAUGGCUGUGGGAAGAUCGGACAUCUGAGGAUGAACUGUCCUGCAUCCCAAGCACCCCAGACUCGUGCCCCAAAUCCGAGUGCUGGAGCCCGGAUUGCUUGCUUAACCCGGGAAGAUGAGCUUCCAGAGACUGUACCCCCUCCAGUCAGUCCGAUGGAGUGUGGCAAGAAACAAGUGGACUCCACGGAAAGAGUCACCUGUAUGGCUAAGAAGCCCCCACCAAAUAUGUGGCGGCACCUGCAGCCGGUCCAAGUGGGAUCCCUGCAGGGCGAAGGCUUAAGAGACUCUGGGGCCUCCAUAACCGUUGUAAGCCCCCACCUGGUCGACCCUGCUGCCGUACUGCAGGGUUGCACUGCAAAAGUUACAGUGGCCGAUGGGCUAGAGCGAGAAGUGCCCAUGGCCAGAGUCUACCUCGACUGGGGAGCUGGACAAGAGUUAAGAGAUGUUGCCGUCAUGGAUGGCCUCCCAACUGAUGUCGUCUUGGGGAAUGAUCUCGGUGGAGGGAUCGUUACUGCCUUCGCGACCGCCAUCACCCGGAGUCAAGCGGCCAGACUACAGUCUUCAUCGUCUCUGCCAGCACCGCCCAGCCCAGAGGAAAAGACCCCAGCGGCUGAACAACCGCCAACCACAGCGUCAGCCAUCCCAAAGGAAAAGACCACAGCGGCCAGAUCAGCACAUCUGCCCCUUGCCUCUGGUGGGCCUACGUCCCCUAGCAACGCAGAGGAUGUCGGUUCCAGUUUGUUGAAUCCUGUGCGGGUGCCCAGCGACGCUCCUGUCCCUAGUGGUCUGCCAACUCCGGCGGUGAGUAUGAGUGACUACCCCGACCCUACCAUGACUGACCCCAACUUGACUGACCCCAAUCUUCCCCCUGUAGAGUGUCCAAACUUAGGAGAAAGUGAGGGCCGCAGGCAGGAGUUUAGGGAAGCUCAGCUCUCUGACCCAUCCCUGGAAGGUAUGAGGCGCCAAGCUGGCCGCGGCCUUGCUGGGAUGGGGGCAGGGAGUGUGACCUGGUGGAAACGGUUACUGUACCGGGUAGCCAAGGUAGAGGGGGAUAGGCCAGUGCGGGAGAAAGUUCAACUGGUGGUUCCCAGGAGCUUUCGGGAGCAACUGAUGUCAGUUGCCCAUGAAAUUCCUUUGGCGGGACACCAGGGGAGAGACCGAACACUGAGGCGCCUGACGCAGAACUUUUUUUGGCCCGGAGUGUCGGAUGACGUCCGGACCUACUGUAAGUCCUGUGAUGUGUGCCAACGGCUGGGACGCCCCAGUGCUCGGGCUCCCCUGAGGUCUUUGCCAAUAGUCGGGGAACCUUUCCAACGAGUGGCUGUGGACAUAGUCGGUCCCCUACCUGUGCCCAGUAGAUCGGGGAAGAGAUACAUCCUCACCGUGGUGGAUUAUGCUACCCGGUAUCCAGAGGCUGUGGCUCUGUCCGCCAUCACUGCGGAAAAGGUAGCGGACGCUCUGCUAGGCAUAUUUAGUAGAGUAGGGUUCCCCAGUGAGAUCCUAACCGAUCAAGGGACGCAGUUCAUGAGUGAUCUGGUCCAGUGUCUCUGGGCGAAGUGCGGGGUGCGCCAACUCCGCACUGCCCCCUAUCAUCCCCAGACUAACGGACUUUGCGAGAGAUUCAAUGGCACUCUGAAGCAGAUGCUACGGGCAUUUGUGACUUCGGAGGGAGGAGACUGGGAGCGAUACCUGCCGCACCUCCUGUUUGCAUAUCGGGAAGUGCCCCAGGAGUCAACCGGAUUCUCGCCCUUCGAGUUACUAUAUGGCCGCCGAGUACGUGGACCUCUUGACCUGUUCCGGGAGUCUUGGGAGGGGAAGCUGAUCCACCAGGAUGAGUCCGUGGUGGAGUAUGUGUUGAAGCUCAGAGAUCGGUUAGAGAAUCUCAUGGGACUAGCGCAAGCGAAUCUUGCGGAAGCACAGACCAAGCAGAAGACUUGGUAUGACCAGGGCGCGCGUGCUCGGGUCUUUGGAGUAGGGCAGAAGGUGCUGGUUCUGGUGCCCACACGUCAGAACAAGCUCCAGGCUGCCUGGGCGGGACCGUACACGGUUGCAAAACGCCUAAGCGACAUCACCUACGUGGUGUCAUUUGACAGCGAUGGUAGGAGGCAGCGUACCUACCAUAUAAACAUGUUGAAGGCAUACCACGAGCGUGUGGAGUCGGUAGCCGCUGUGUGCUGCCUGCCGAUGGAGGAACCAGGAAAAGAUCCCAUUCCUGACCUCCUCGCGGAUGCCAAGGGUGAGGGUGGUGUAGAGGAAGUUAGCUGGAGCAGUGAGCUUGGUAACCACAAGAGGGAGCAGCUGGAGUCAGUGCUGCAGUCCUUUGAGGCCCAGUUCAGCAGGAAGCCCGGCCUGACUUCCCUACGUGCCCAUCAUGUAGACACUGGUGAGCAUAGGCCGAUUCGGCAACCCGCGUAUCGGGUCUCACCAGAGGCGCAGGCGAGUAUCUACCAAGAGGUGCAGGAGUUGUUAGCGCUAGGCGUAAUCACGCGCUCCAACAGUCCCUGGGCCGCCUCCGUUGUACUGGUUCCCAAGAAGGACCGGACAACCAGGUUCUGCGUAGACUACCGCCGGUUGAACGAAGUAACCAAAUCCGACGCCUAUCCCCUACCCCGCAUUGACGCACUGUUAGACGAGCUGGCUCGGGCGAAGUACAUCUCUACGUUCGAUCUGAGCAAGGGGUAUUGGCAGAUACCAAUGACUCCCGAGGCUCAGGAACGGUCCGCCUUCAUCACCUCCUUUGGCUUGUUUGAGUUCAAAACGAUGCCAUUCGGGAUGAAGAAUGCGCCAGCCACCUUCCAGAGUGUGGUCGAUGACCUGCUGAAGGGGUUCCGAGAGUUCGCCCAGGCCUACUUGGAUGACAUUGCUGUCUUCAGCCGAACCUGGGAAGAGCACCUGGGCCAUGUGGGGUUGGUGUUAGAGAGGAUUCGGUGGGCAGGUCUGACCAUCAGGGCAGACAAGUGCCAAAUGGGGAUGACAGAGGUACAGUACCUGGGGCACCGUGUGGGGGGAGGUAAGGUGAAGCCUGAACCAGCGAAGGUGGAGGCGAUCCGCGACUGGCCCCGGCCCACAACCCAGAGACAGGUCCUGGCUUUCUUAGGGAUCGCAGGAUACUACAGACGUUUUGUCCCUGACUUUAGUUCUGUGGCCAAACCCCUGACUGAUCUGACUAAGAAGAAACUCCCCAAGAUAGUUGACUGGACGACCGCAUGUGAGUUGGCAUUCCAGUCGUUGAAAACUGCUCUAGUACAAGCCCCAGUACUGAUGGCACCGGACUAUAGUAAAAACUUUGUUGUACAAACUGAUGCGUCACAGUACGGACUCGGGGCAGUACUGAGCCAGGAGGGGCCGGAUGGACAGGAGCACCCUGUGGCCUAUUUGAGCAGAAAGCUGCUACCGCGGGAGGUGGGGUAUGCCACAAUUGAAAAGGAAUGUUUGGCUAUUGUUUGGGCUGUGAAGAAGCUUCAGCCCUAUUUGUAUGGCCGCCAUUUUACGGUGGUAACGGACCACAAUCCAUUACGGUGGCUCCAACACACCACGGGGGAAAACGGCAGACUGUUGCGGUGGAGCCUUGCUCUUCAGGUUUAUGACUUCCAUAUUAUCCACAAGCAAGGCAAGGCUCAUAGCAAUGCAGAUGGACUGUCACGUCAGGAGGAGCCUGAACCCCCAAAGAACUCCCGGUAACCUCGUUAAGGACUGCGGGACCAGGACCCAAAUCGUUGGGACAUGGGUCCCUGGUUGACCCGCUUGAAUGGGGGGGGAGGAGUGUGGCCGGAGAGCCCCAGCCACGAGGCAAAUGGCCGCCCUGGCACUGAAGGGGUUAAUCCCUAGUGCCCGGCGCCAUUUGUAAGGACAAAGGGGCGCUUGGCGCCAAAUUUGAAAUGUAUUGGGCGCUAGGCGCCGGGUUGUAUUAAAUGUUUUAAAUGUAUUUUUUAAACUGUGCCGUGGUCCCGGACCCCUCCGGAGACCACGGCAGGGAGGACAGCUCCCCGGCGCGCUCAGCAGAGUGUGCGCGCCGAGGGAGAGGAGGCAGCCGCUGACCGCCGGAGUCCGGGAGCUCCGCUCCCGGCAGCGGUCAGUGUAGCCCCGGGCGCACUGGAGUGUGCGCGCCGGGGAGAAGGGUGAGCGCUGCGGCUGGGAGCUCGGCUCCCGCUGCAGUGCUCUAUGUGAGAGCCGCCGCUGGGGGCCGCGAGCUCUGCUCCCAGCGCCUCAGCACAGCACGAGUGGCCAGCCGCAGCAGCCGGGACGGACGUCCCGGGCUGCUAGCCGGCGAGGGGGGUGCGCUGCAGCCCGGCUCCCCGCCGGACGCUGCAGCGAGGCCACAAGACAGGCGCCGCUCAGGGGGGACCGGGCUAGCCGGCUCCCUAGCGGCGUGGGCACAUUAGGCGGGCGAGCAGGCUGAUGAGCACUGGGGUCCGGGAGCUACGCUCCCGGCGCCCCAGCGCCACAACAAAGCCAGAGUCACGGCGGCCGGGACAAGUGUCCCGGGCCGCCGGGCUUAGGUACAGGGGGGUGCGCCGCUGCGUGCGGCGAGGCCACUGAUUAGUGCCACCCUGGGGGGACAGGGAGAGCCAGCUCCCUGGAACCCCAGAGGCAGAAAAGCAGGCUGGAGGAUGGGGGAAGCCAGCCCCAUACCUCCAGCACUGAGAGGGAGAGCCCUAGCAGCCAGGCUGCAGGGCUAGGGAAGCACAGCCGUUAAAUAAAACAUUGUGUAAAAUAAGGACAUACAGUGUGUUGUAAGGCACUGCAGUGCCUGAGUAUGUAGAGUCUGUGCAGGGCACAGGCUCAGUGUAUAUUUAAAAGGGGAAAUGUACAGUGUGAUUUUAAAAUGUAAUGUAUUUAAAGAUAAAAUGCACUUACUUGAUUGUGUGUCCCAGGA